AUGUCCGACUCGACCCUUUAUCUCUACACCUCCCUUACUGCGGGGUCAUCCCACAUCGUCACCGCCACUGCUCGAUUGGAGACCAUCCUGAAGGCCAACAAGCUCCCGUUUCGCGCAAUUGACGUCGCCACCGACGAUGCCGCUCGUAAACUCUGGGGUCGUCGCUCCAAGGGCAAGAAAUUGCCCGGUCUGGUGAAAUUCGGCACAGUGGUCGGCGACCUAGAGGAAAUCGAAGAAUGGAACGAGUACGGUGAGCUGCGGAUGCAGGUGAACAGCGUCGAAGACUUCGACAGCAUGCCCGCCACCAGCUACCCAGCUCCCGCCACUCAGACCGACACCGGCGCAUUCACCCCCACCCCCGAGUCGGCCGCUCCGAAGCAGAGCACGAUCAAGAUCCAGAAUCCCCCUGCCAAGGAAGCGCAGAAGGAUGACUCCAUUACUGUUGCAUUACGCCAGGCCAGCGAGGAGGCGGCUACCAAGGCUAAGGAGAACAGCGCGAAGCCUGAGAAGGCGCCCGCAGCUACGGAAGAGCCCAGCCCGCAGCCGCCUGCCCCUGCCGAUGCCGCCGCCAGCACAGACAAGAAAAAAGAUGGCGCAGACUCAGUACGUCGGAAAUCAUUGGUUCCUGAAGAUGCGGAGAGUCUGAAGCGUCCGCCUCUCAUCAUACCAGAGGUUGCUGCGGUCUCCUCUGCCAACAUUCAUGCUGAUAACGCCCAAGCUCUAGGGUUGGUGGAACACCACCGUGGCUCCAUAAUUUCGGCCACAUCUCCGGAAGAGCAGGAAAAGGUCAAGCAGGACUUGCGCAAAUCCAUCUCUGGCGGUCGUCAAGAGAUUCUUGAUGCCCUGAAGAAGGAGAAGGCGGAGCAGGGUGCUCAGGACGAACCUAUCGAGGAGGAGCCCGCAAUCGAAGAUGAACCCGACGUCAAGGAUACGGAAGCCAAGAAACAAGAAUAA